GCCUUGUCUCCGACUCUCUUCCUUUCUUUGUCCCUGCACUCAAUUCCAAGGCUGCCCUGGCCGGUCAGAUUUACCAACCAGCGGAAGAGAAACCCCAAGGGAGGCCCUGGGCUUGAGUUCCACAACAAAUCUGAUCCAGGGACUAGAUGCUGUCUGGUACACAAAGGAAUCUUGUUCUGUGGAUUGAAAGCAGAAAUAAGGGAAAGGGGAAUUUUGGGCAUCGACUCAGUCUCAUUCACUUCACUCGGUUACAGGGGAGCGGAUUCUUUGUUGCAGCGAUUUCAGAAAAGCGCCUGAGUUUAUGGGUUUAUCGUUUCUCUGCUCGUGAGCGGACUUUGGAGAGACCUGACACACGAUAAACAAACCCGGUUGUUUUUAAGUGGCACCGGCACACUCUGUUUCAAAAUCUAGCCCCUUGCAGCCACAGAGCAUCUUGCCAAUGCCACGCUAAUCCUCGCCCCAAGGGACUGACCUACACGCUGAAUGGCGUACUUUUCAGAAAGAAGUUACGAGUUUAGGGGUGCCUGGGUGGCCCACUCAGUUAAGCAUCCGGUUUCGGCUCAGGUCAUGAUCUCCCGGAUUGUGGGUCCGAGCCCCAUGUCGGGCGCCAUGCUGACAGCUCAGAGUCUGGAGCCUGCUUCGGAUUCUCUCUCUCUCUCUCUCUCUCUCUCUCUCUGUCUCUCUGUCUACCCCUCCCCCGCUCGUGCCGUCUGUCUCUCUCUCUCUCAAAAAUAAAACACUUGUUUAAAGAAAAGAAAGGAGGAAGGAAGAAGUUACGAGUUUAGACUACAAUGUCAGUCAUAGAAUUGAAAAUUAGCAUUGGCAUAAGGCUUGAAAAACAGAUUUCAUUGUUUUUAUUUUCCAUAGAGGGAAAGAGAUGAACACCUUACUGUCACUCUAGAGAUGGCCAGUGUCAUCUCAGGGCCAGCUGAGAGGACUACUCAGAUAGAUACACGUGAAAUGACAGAAGUGCAUGUGGUUACAAGGCAGCAAUGCCCAGCAGCAUGUGUCUGCAUUGAGCUUCCACAAAGCUAGUUGGAGACCAGCGUGGGCUCAGUGGAAGUCAGCAGCCAGACCUGACAUCCCACGACAACAAAGCAUCUUCUGACUAGACUCCAAGCUCCAUGAAGACAGAGGCUCACUCUUUUCCGCCUCACACCACUCACUACAACCCGUGUGGCAUUUUGAACCUAACAGGCACCUUACUAAAAAUCCGCUGAUUUCACGGUUCCAGUAAGGAGCGCCACUUGGAUCACGUUAUUGGCAGUGCGUCUGAGGGAACAGAUGUUCCUAUUCAAAUCCAUGAAACUGGAAACAUUAAAAAACAACAAUCAUGACAUUGAUUGAUAGUGAUAUUUACCGUGUCAGACUGUGUAAGCUCAGCUAUAAAAUAGACUCGCAUACUGUCGUUCUUUACAUUUUGAUUUCAAAGAUUCUCAAACGUCGAAAUAACGUCGCUUGACUCAGAUCCUAAUUCCCGCUUGAUGCCCUGUAUAAUAUUUCCUUAGCGAAUUACGGCCCUCUUCUGUUGUGUGUCACACACUCACAACCUCUCCUCCCUGAGAAAACGGCACCUCCGGGUGCUUCGAAGAUAUUUUCAGUCCGUCGUAAGAAAACAUGUAUCCGCUGGCAGGGAGCGUGCUGCUAAGGCCACGGGAGAUCAACGCAAGGCUCGCCGCUCUGUCUUUGCCAGUUUCCUAAAUACCUUGGCGACGGGUGGGUGGCCGUGGUCUGAACUGGUUUAUAAAAGGUCGUCCUAGAUCCCGAAGUGUCCUCUUGGGAGCAAACGCGUCUUCCUGAAAGGCUGUCUUUCUUCCUCCAACUCAGGUCCUCAACAAGCAGAGCUCCUCUCCAUGAGUACCUCGGGUUUCUUUCGUUGGCCCGCACCGCUGGCCAGAAUGUGCACGGCGCCGUGGGGACUCGGGCUUCGGGGGAGGCCAGCGCUGUUAGCCCCGGGAGCGGCAGUCACUGCGGUCCAGAUGGCAGGCAGGAGGGACCGCCCCGCUCUGCUGCCUCCCCUGGACGAGAGUGACCUUGAAGAGCAGUUCGUGAAAGGGCACGGUCCGGGGGGCCAGGCAACCAACAAAACCAGCAACUGUGUGGUGCUGAAGCACAUCCCCUCGGGCAUCGUCGUCAAGUGCCAUCAGACGAGAUCAGUCGAUCAGAACAGAAAGCUAGCCCGGAUAAUCCUACAAGAGAAAGUGGAUAUUUUCUACAACGGCGAAAACAGUCUUGUUUACAAAGAAAAACGGGAGGCAGAGAAGAAAAAGCAAGAGAAGAAAAAAAGAGCAAAGGAAACUCUAGAAAGAAAGAAACUCCUGAAAGAACUGUGGGAAUCAAGUAAAAACGUCCACUGAGAAAGAAUUAGAAA